AUGUUAAAGUGGGUUCAAGGUGGUCUUUCAGCUGUCACUGGUAUUGCAGAACCAGAAUACGGUCCAGAAUAUAUCCAUUCAAUCACUGAUACUGUUAAAGAUAAACAACAUUUCCAAAUCGCCACUAAACAAGAUUUUAAAUGGCAAUCACCAACUUCAACAAAUGUUGAAACUCAAACUUUUUAUUUUAAUGAUUUAACUACUGGAAUCAUUGGUUUUGCUCAAGUUAUUCAUUCAAAUGUUGUAGGAAUUCAUACUACGGCUCAAUUUACUUUUAAAUUAUUUAAUACAAAUACUAAGGAACAAAUUUGGACUUCAACAAAAUUAGAAGAUUUUAUUAUAAAAGGUGAAAAUUUUUAUGCUUCAAAUUUAAAAAUUGAAAUAAAUGAUGAAGGUAAUGAAUAUCACUUAGUAUCAAAAGUUAAUCCAGAAUCAAUUGUUGAUUUAAAAUUUUCCAAAAUUGCUCCAUCUGUUAAAAUUGGUAAAGAUGGUGUUACAAUUUAUGGUGAUGAUGUGGAAAAUCCUUGGGGUACAAUGAGACAUGUCUUUUGGCCAAGAAAUAAAGUUGAGGGUUCAAUUCAAUCAACCAAGGAAGGUUCAACAGAAACUAAAAAUUAUGAAAUUAAUGGGUUUUCAAUGUUUGUUAUGGCUUUACAAGGUAUGAAACCUCAUCAUGCUGCUGCAACUUGGAAUUUUUUAAAUUUCCAUUCAAAAUCUCUAAGUACUGUGGUAAUGGAAUUUACAACUCCAAAAUCUUAUGGUUCAACAAAAGUUUCUUUAGCUUUCUUGUCAAAUGAUGAAGGAAUUAUUGGUUCUUCAAUUAAUAAUGAAGUUUUACAUUUAAAUCCUGAAAUUGAUGAAGUUGGUUGGCCAAAACCAACUUCAUUAGAAUUUAAAGGUCAUGGUAUUGAUUCUAAAGCUAAUGAUGAACAAGUUCAAUCAGGUUCAGCUAAACCUGUUGAAUGGACUUUAAAAGGUGGUUUACAAUUAGUUGAAAGAGUUGAUGUUAUGCAUGAAAUUCCAAAUUUUGUUAAAAAUUUAGUUAGUGGAGUUGCUGGAACAAAACCUUAUAUUUAUCAAUUUUGGGAUAAUAUGACUAUUGAAUAUAAUGAAAUUAAAGAAACUUCAAUUGGUUAUCUUGAAGCUACUUUUAUUACAGAGUUAUAA